AUGGGCUGCGCACUGAACCAGCCGAUGGUGGGGUUGCCGACGCUCUUGGCCGUGAACGCGACGUCGGCCUCGUCGAUCGUCUUGGCGUGCCCGUGGGACGCGGCCUCGGCCAGCAGCUGCAUGUGGCAGCACUUGUCGAGCGACGCGAACCAAAAGACGGCCGCCUCGACGGUGGGGCCGACGGUCAGCAGCCCGUGGUUUUGGAGCAGGCAGGCCUUGCCGGCGACCAGCGCCCGGGCAAUGUUGGCGCCCUCGGCGGCGUCGAGCACGACGCCGUUGAACUGCCGGUAG